AUGGUACAGAAAACGUACUCUAAUAAUGAUCGCUAUGAAGGAGAAUUAGUCGGUGGAAAACGACAUGGUCAAGGAACGUUAUUUUACGCAAAGGGUGGAAAGUACUCAGGUGGUUGGAAAAAAGAUGAGCGUGAUGGUUACGGAGUCAAUAUUUGGGACAAUGGUGAUCGUUGUGAAGGGAAUUGGAAAAACAAUAAAUUGCAUGGACAAGUAACAUUUCAUUAUUCGGAUGGGGGAAGUUAUUCAAGUGAAUUUCGAAAUGGAGUAGAUAUUCACGAAAAAAAACCUGAUUCGAAAACAUUAGCUACGCCAACUAAACCUGAGUAUACGAAAAACGAAACAACUGAAGAAAGGUGCGACUCAGUUUCUUGUCCAAGUAUGAAUUUAUCAUAUGAAUUUAUCAAAUCAUUGAAAUGGCCCGAGUCAAUAUUCUAUCCUGAAGAAGAUAGAUGUUAUUGUUCAAGAUGCUAUCAUCCUAGCUGGUCAGAUGCAGUCACAGCAGGUGGAGCAAAGUAUGUUAUUCCAAGAGAAUGGGUGCGUUUUGGUCUUUUGGUUGAUCCGGUAUUUCCAAGUACUUGUAAGAUAUGGGACGAUUGGAUUGUUACAUUUCAUGGUACAACAAAAGAAGCAGCAAUCUCUAUUAUUCAGCAUCGUCACUUUUAUCUUCCAGGUGAUAAAUUACUUGAUGGAAGUAUUUUGGGCAUACGAGAUGGGCACAUUCCAAAUCAAAAAUUUAUUUUUACAUCACCCACGAUCGUUUAUUCGAGCUCACGAGUUUACGCUCCCAUUUAUACUUUUCAAUCCGAGGAAGAUAACCGCGUGUAUCAAGCUCAAAUAGUUCUUCAAUGUCGACAAAAGCCCGAUUCAUUCAAAGUUCAACGUGAAACAAUUGGCCUUGGAAAGAAACGCAUUUGUUCAGUUAUACCCAAUGAAAAGAUGGAAUAUUUCACAGAUAUAAGAUCAUCACUCGUUGCUUAUGGAUUACUUGUGCGUGUAGGAGAAAAUUUAGCUUCAUAA